CGUCUGCAUCGCAUUAGAGGAUAGUGCCACACAUAAGUGAAACAGUAUUUCUGUUGAUCUAAGAUUGUAGUAAUAUAAAGAAUCAUAAGUCGAUAGCACUGAACCUUCACCAUCAUCAUCGUCAUCAUCAACCGUGCGUUCCCCCAGGCUAUUCCAUGUGCUGCAAACGUGCUUGGAAAUCCAUCGACGUCACGAGGUUGGACUUUGUACUCUAAACAGCUCUAAACAGAAGGUCGUGAGCGAAGCAUGAAAGGGAAAUGAAAUAACCAACAUAUAUUUAUGCUGCAGCCUUUACACUACAACAUAAAUUUCGACUGCAUCAUGUAUGGCUUGAGCUAUUACAGUGUGCGUCUAAUCUGGUGCAGUGUGUAGAAAUCCAUCCCAAAACAAAGUGCAAAACAACUGAAUUCAAUGGCGUUGUUGCUGGAUUAAUGCUCAGUGGUAUAACAAAAUAGCAUUCAUUAAGGAUUAAGGUGAUAGAAUGGCAUUGGAAAUCGCAAAUUUCGUGUGAACGGUGUUCGCUGGAUGAACGCGGCAUAAAGGGCAAAUGUUAUAACUUAUAACACAAUUUCUUAAACAAACUGAUAAUAAAAAGUGAUACUCCGAGCUUAAUCUUCUCGUGUCUUGUUUUUAAGAAUACGUCAGUGAACCUCCUUAUGUGGAAUAGUACAAUUAUAGAUUCAGUUUUAUUUAAGUGCAUCGCCAAACAGGUCGUACUAGUGUGUGACGGGAUUCAGAUAGGAUCCAGUACGUACGGGCCGUGACAAAAAAAAACACAGAAGUAUCGCUCAACGAUGGAAUAGACCAACAUGUAAUACGAUUCUCCAGAAAGUAAUUGCAGAUUAUCCAAAAUCAAAAUAUCAACAUACAAUCGAAAAUGUCACAGGUCAAACGUUACGAGGUGUUGGAAGCGAUUCCUAAGAAACAGAUUCUAAAGGUGUAUCUUCGGUGUGUGGUUGCGAAUUUGUUGCUGCUAAUAAAAUGGCUGUUCGAGUGCGUCAAGUGUCGAGUUAAUAAAACGACCAUCAUGCGGAAGGCAAUUGAGCAAGUCGAGUUCCCGAACAAACAGCCAAACUUUAUGACUGAAACUAAGAUGGGACGACACUCUUACGUGAAGCUCGAGAAUACAAAGUUACACUACGUGGAAGCGGGAAAUCGCAGCAAUUCGACGAUUUUGCUUCUUCAUGGAUUCCCAGAUUGUUGGAUUGGCUGGCGGAAUCAGAUUUCAGAACUAUCACAGUACUUCCAUGUAAUUGCGCUGGAUUUGAAAGGUUUCAAUGAUUCCGAUAAACCAUUAUGGCGUUUCGAUUACACUCCCAAAAAGAUUUGCGAAGAUUUACGCAAAUUCCUGAUCGCAAUCAGCACCAAAAGUGUGUCAAUUGUUGGUCACGAUUUGGGCGCUAUUAUUGGUUGGAUAUUUGCUCAUACCAACCCAGAUAUGGUAGACAAGUUCGUUAGCGUCUCAACGCCACAUCCGAAUCUCCUGUGGGACAAUUUGCCAUCAAACUCACCUUUCAACCGAAGAUGGCUUGAAUUUAUCCAGUUACCAUACCUUCCAGAAAUGGAGAUGAAGCAUAAUGCUGAGCGCACGCUCAAGAAAUGUUUUCCUCACAUCCAGAAAGAGAAAGUGUUCAUGACUGGUACCAACGGAUCUGUGAUAAACAAUUUGACGGAUGCUUACAAAUAUAUCUUUAGCCAAAUCGACGACUGGAGAGGUCCCCUCAACUACUAUCGCAAUUUUAUGUUUUACCGCGUAAAGGAUGGGGAAACACUGCAGUGUCCAUGUUUGAUCAUAACGGGUAGCGACGAUCGGUUCUACAAAUUAGAAUCUGUGGUGAAGAGUUCCGAUUUUUGUGAAAACUUUAUCAUCAAAAUUAUUGAACAAUCAGGAAGAGCACCGCAUCAGGAAAUGUCAGCGGAAUUUAAUAGUACUUUGCUUAAAUUCUUGAUAGGUAAGCGUUUGCUUGGACGACCUUCUGAUAAUACCACUCCUGCCCCAACACGUGGCCUGGUAGGUAGAGUUUUCGGAGGAUUUGGCGCUGUUGCGAAUAAUACCGUAAAGCUGGGGAACAAUCUGAAAGAUGGCUACACAUUCGCGAGUGCAUUUAACAACGUACCCAAUUUUAUGGUUAAAAGCUAAUACUUAUGUACGCUGCUGAACUUUUUUUUGUAAAUUUUAUUUGUGAGUGCAAAUUUACAGGAUGUUUAUACAAUAUUUAUCGUCCAUUUUAUAGAGUGAGCGUGCUGAAGAAAGGAUAUAAGUGAGAACAAUACUAUUAAAAAAAUCAUUUUUAUUCUGAAAAUAAAGCUGGUAUAAUAUUGAAA